UUAUUAAUAAUGUCAAAGUUGGAAGCUUCAAAUUUCAUAGGGAAACUACCCAUUUGUGUCAUUGCAAGGUCGUUGGCCGUUGGCACUUGUAGCUGCUUCGAACAUCAUGUCAUGUCGCUAACAUAACUUUUCCUUCCACCCUUUUUCGAUGCUUGUACUCCUCCAUUAGACCCUCUCUUUCCCCUUCUCCCUCUCUCACAUUUUCUGGGCUACUGUCUGUGUGAUCAAUAGUUUCUAGAGUGGAGUGUGUAUAGCUUAUACUGCUACCCUGUGUUCAUAUUCAGGGAAUGAGAAGAAGUUGCUAAGCUUGGAAAACUGGUCAUUUUUGCUUUGAAGUUGAACGUGUGAUGGAGUUUCCUUUCUUUUACCUUUUGAAUGUUUGGACGGCAUGUGCAAAUAUGCGAGUUUGGACCCUUUUCUUACUCCUGCUGCUACUGGAGACUGGUAUUGUGUGUUCUAGUUCUGACUACUUGGUUGGUCUUGGAAGUUAUGACAUUACAGGCCCUGCUGCUGAUGUUAACAUGAUGGGGUAUGCUAACACCGGACAGACAGCGUCCGGAAUUCACUUCAGGCUACGGGCUCGUGCUUUCAUUGUUGCAGAGCCAAAGGGGAAGAGGGUUGUGUUUGUGAACCUUGAUGCUUGCAUGGCUUCACAAAUUGUGAAAAUCAAACUAAUUGAGAGGUUAAAAGCAAGAUAUGGUGAUCUAUAUACUGAAAAUAAUGUAGCCAUUAGUGGAAUUCACACUCAUGCUGGUCCUGGGGGUUAUCUCCAAUAUGUUGUGUACAUUAUAACUUCUUUUGGAUUUGUGCAUCAGUCCUUUGAUGUCAUUGUCGAUGGCAUUGAAAAAUGUAUUAUCCAGGCCCAUGAAAAUCUCCGCCCAGGAUCAAUAUUUGUCAAUAAGGGAGAACUCUUGGAUGCUGGUGUAAAUCGCAGUCCCAGUGCUUAUCUAAAUAAUCCUGCUGCAGAGAGAAGAAAUUAUAAGUAUAAUGUUGAUAAAGAAAUGACUCUUUUAAAAUUUGUUGAUGAUGAAUGGGGACCUGUUGGAUCCUUCAAUUGGUUUCCUACUCAUGGAACAUCAAUGAGUCGGACAAACUCAUUAGUUAGUGGGGAUAAUAAAGGCGCAGCUGCACGUUUCAUGGAAGAUUGGUUUGAGCAAAAGGGUUAUGAAAAAACUGAUUCUGCUAAAAUUGAAGAUGGCGGUUUGCCACGAAAAAUAUCAAAUAUAAUUCCUGGCCUUCACAAUAACAAGCAUGAAUUACUUGAAAUUGCUACCUCCUUUCAGUCUUCUCCUGGUAUAUCAGCAACGAAAACAUCAAGUGUUUCUAAACGUGUGAGAGCUGCUCAUAGGAAGGAUGGCAAACCUAGAUUUGUGUCUGCAUUCUGCCAAUCAAAUUGUGGAGAUGUUAGUCCAAAUGUGCUUGGAGCAUUUUGUAUAGAUACUGGAUUACCUUGUGACUUCAAUCAUAGUACAUGUGGAGGCAAGAAUGAAUUAUGUUAUAGCCGAGGACCUGGCUACCCAGAUGAAUUUGAAAGUACACGCAUUAUUGGAGAAAGACAAUUUAGAAAAGCAGUAGAUCUUUUUAAUACUGUGGAUGAAGAGAUUGAGGGGGAGGUUGAUUUUCGACAUACCUAUAUAGAUUUCUCCCAACUUGAGGUGACCGUUUCCGAUGAAGGAGAUUCUGAGGUUGUAAAGACAUGCCCUGCUGCAAUGGGGUUCGCAUUUGCAGCAGGAACAACAGAUGGACCUGGAGCUUUUGAUUUUACACAAGGUGAUGAUAAGGGAAAUCCUUUCUGGAAGCUGGUGCGUGACUUGCUCAAGACACCAACCAAGGAACAGAUUGACUGUCAUCAACCCAAACCCAUUUUGCUAGAUACUGGUGAAAUGAAGAAACCGUAUGAUUGGGCUCCUUCAAUACUUCCGAUUCAGAUCAUCCGAAUUGGGCAAUUGGUCCUUCUUUGUGUACCAGGAGAAUUCACAACAAUGGCUGGGAGGCGUCUUCGAGAUGCAGUGAAGACAGUGCUAACUAGUGAAGAAGAUUUUGACUUCGAUGACAUUUACAUUGUUAUAGCAGGGUUAUCUAACACCUAUUCACAGUACGUCACUACAUAUGAAGAGUACCAGGUGCAGAGAUACGAGGGUGCUUCUACACUAUAUGGUCCCCACACACUGAGUGCAUACAUUCAGGAGUUUAAGAAACUUGCAGUGGCCCUCAUCAACGAUGAACCAGUAGAACAUGGACCUCAACCCCCUGAUCUCUUUGAGAAGCAAAUAGGCUUACUUCCACCAGUUGUGGUGGAUGGAAUUCCCCUUGGAGUAAAUUUUGGGGAUGUUUGUGCUGAUGUGCCACAGAACUCAAGCUUUAAAAGUGGUGAGAUGGUGACUGCUUCAUUUUGGUCUGCUUGUCCUCGCAAUGAUCUUAUGACUGAAGGCACCUUUGCACUGGUGGAGUUUCUCCAAGAAAAGGAUGAUUGGAUUCCUGCAUAUGAUGAUGAUGAUUUCUGUCUACGCUAUAAGUGGUCAAGGCCUUACAAACUCAGUUCAAGGAGUAGAGCAACAUUGGAGUGGAGGAUACCAGAGGGUGUGACUCCUGGUGUAUACAGAUUUAGACAUUUUGGUGCGGCAAAAGGUUUAUUUGGAUCAAUUCAUCACUUUACAGCUUUAUCCAGUGCCUUUGUAGUAACAUAAACUAAAGGGAGGUAUAUUCUUGCUUGCAGCCGUUACUAUAUUUAUGAUUUGUCUUGCUGAACUUUAACAGAAUCCCUUCAAUCCUAAUGAAGGUUGAUUCAACUAUGAUCACCUUUAUGCCCACAAAUUCUGCAGCUAACCUUAAUUUGUAUGCGAUAUCUCUGGUAUAAAAGGUAUUAUCUGCAAUGUAUAAUGUAACAUAAAGUACAUAUUUUAUUUUUACUUUUAUUAUAAAUGAAGGAGGCAUAUUUCAAUUGGUAAA